AUGGAAAAUGAAAUUGUAAUUCCUGUGGAAGAUCAACAGAUUGAAUCACUAGACACUAUUGAAGAAAGAAAAAGGAAAGUAAAAGGAAAGGCAAAAGAAUCCCCAUCAAUAAUACUAAAGGAAAAUGCAUCAUUGGAUGAUGUAAAACUCGGGUCAGUUUUUCAAGAUAAAAAUGCUAUGAUUAGAUGUUUUUGCUUAGCAGCUAUAAAGGAGCACUUUGAGUUUUAUGUUAAGAGGUCAAGUAACACAAGAUAUUCUUUGGUAUGUGCUGAUGAAAAGUGUGGUUGGACUGUUCGAGGUUCAAGAAUUACAGAAUCAACACUUUUUAAAAUAGUUAAAUUUCAGAGAACACAUGAGUGCUCGGUUGAUAUUAGAAAAUCACACCAAAGACAAGCAACUUCAAAUGUGAUUAGAGAUUAUAUGAUUAACAACUUAAGGGACAUAGCUACUGAAGUAAAGCCUAAGUUUGUCAUUUCGGAAAUGAAAAGAGCACAUGGAAUAGAUGUUGGUUAUGGAAAAGCAUGGCAUGCUAUUCAAAAAGGGUUAUCUUUAUUAAGAGGAACAAUUGAACAGAAUUAUGAGCAACUGGCAUCAUAUUUGUAUAUGAUCGAACAAAAAAAUCCUGGAUCAUAUACUAAUAUUCAGAGAGAUGCAGAAAACAGAGGUGUUCUGUUAGUGGCUGUUACAAAAGAUGCAAAUAACCAGAUUUUCCCUAUAGCAUUUGGGGUAGCGGAUUCAGAGAAUAACGAAUCAUAUGAAUGGUAUUUCAGAGAAUUAAGAAAAGCAAUUGGGAUUCGUAAGGAUUUAAUGUUUUUGUCAGAUCGACACAAGGACAUUGCAAAUGGUAUUGCAAAAGUUUUCCCUGAGUGCUACCAUGGUAUUUGCAUAUAUCAUUUAGAAAAGAAUCUGAAGCAAAGAAGAGUGAGAAACACUGUACUAAACCUUUUUCAAAGUGCUGCAAGAGUAUACCUUCAAUCAGAAUUUGAUGACUUCAUGUCCCAAAUAGCUGCUGUUGAUAAGAAAACAUUCAAUUAUUUGAUGGAGGAACCACCAGGAAGGUGGGUUCGUUCACAUUUUCCGAGAAGACGAUAUGAUAUGUUAACAACAAAUAUUGUUGAGUCAAUGAAUAAUGUUUUGAGACGUGCAAGAGAAUUGCCACUUUUAACAAUGAUGAAUUUCAUACAAGAAAAGUUGCAAAGCUGGUUCUAUGAAAGAAGGACAACUAUAGAAGAAAUAUUCCGUGAGAUAUCAAAUUGGGCAGAAGCAACAUUGGAAGAAAAAAUUAAACUAGCUUUUACAAUUAGAGUAUUGCCCAUUGAUCGACUCAAAUUCAAUGUCAAAGAAGGGGGUAUGGAAUUUAUUGUUGAUCUAGACAAAAGAACACGUGAUUGUUGUCAAUUUCAGCUAGAUGAAAUAUCCCGUGAACAUGCAAUUGCUGCAAUUGACAGUAUAUAUCAAAAGAAAUCGGCCUUUUGCUCAGCCUAUUAUUCAAGGGACUUUUGGUUGAAAACAUAUGAAGGGCAAGUAAAUUCUGUAGGUGAUUCAUCAACAUGGGUUAUACCAGACACUAUUAAAUCAGAAAUCACUAAGCCUCCAGAUGCAAAAGUAAUGCUAGGAAAAAGACAGAAGAAUCGACAUGUUUCCGGUACAGAAUUCAAGAAGGAACCAAGAUGUUGUCGCUGCAAACAAUAUGGGCAUAACAGAACAAAUUGCACAAAUUCUGCUGUAGUUCAUCCUUAUGCAAGAAAAUACAGGAAAACAAAUGAUUGA